AUGCAAUGGCGGAAUCAGGAUGCUCUCGUGCGGAUACGAAAGUCCGUGGUGAACCAUAAGCAAGCACUGGCUGAGCAAAUGGCCCAGCGUGAGGCGUUCAAGCCCGAGGACGACAAGCACAUACCCUUGUGCCAAGAAGAGUUCAAGGGUGUGGGCGGCUUUGCUGGCUCUAAUUCGACAAAAUAG